AUGUAUUCCUCUCCAGGCGCCCGCAAGUCCAUGGACACGAUCUCGUCCAUGUCUCCUCCGGCCACGCGCACCGAGUUCCCGUUCCACAAGUUGGUCACUUUGCCCGGCCCCUCGGUGGCCACGGUUGCGCUAACAGCAGCAAGACAAGGACAGGCACACACUUACCAUACCACGAGACGAGGCUCGAAUGCGAGCUCCAUACACUCGAUAGGGGGGUCUCUCGAUACUUCAUCCAGUACCUGGGCAAAUGCGGUGUUGGAAUCUGGCCAAAACGCCAUAUCGACCUUACUGCAACCGCCCAUCGUUCGGACGGGCCUGCAGCCUCAUACCUCUGCUCCUGCGUCCAGCGCGCAUAAACCUCCUACCGCUCGCGAUAUCCCUCCCGUCACUUUGACGAACAUUCCUCAUAUCGACCCGGCUGAGUUCAAGCCGUACUUGUCGCAAGUUGGCGCCCUGUACGAACAGCUUCGGCGAGUCAAGGAACAAGACGAUGACAGGCCUGGCUCUUCAGGCCGUCGAUCGAGCAAACACGACGAGUUUGGAGACUCCGUCGAUGAGAGUCAUCUCAAGCCCGCAGGUCGGCAGCCCUCGAGGCGGAAAUCUUCCAUCGCAUCAAUAACGUCCAUCUCCUCCCUCGAAGGCCCAGGUCUUUUGCGACGAUCCAGUUCAGGCUAUAGCAGAAAGGGCGCGCAUGGUCCGCCUCCGCUAUCGACGAUACCCAACGUAUACUUUGACGAUGACUUUCAUUUGGAGAACCCAAGGACUUUCGAUGUAGUCAGUGAAAGGUCAGAGGUCGUUCCGCCUGCACCGGGGAGCGUAGACAGCAAAAACGAUGGCAAUGGCAACAUAGUAGCACCGCGAAAAGCCUUGGCCACCAACGCUAUCCUACAAGAGAAACUUUCCUGGUACAUGGAUACAAUAGAGAUUCAUUUGAUCAACUCUAUCUCGACAGCGUCGACGACAUUUUUUACGGCUCUUGGCUCAUUGCGGGAGCUCCAUUCGGAAGCCUCGGAGUCGGUCGAUCGGAUCAAGGCGCUUCGUAAGGAACUUGAAGCUCUGGACGAGGAGAUCGCCACCAAAGGCCUGAACAUCGUUCAGAAGCGCCGGCGGAGAGAAAAUGUGCAGGCUCUCAAUGAUGCGGUUCUCCAACUGAAACAUAUCGUUGAGGGUGUUGCAUCAUGCGAGGCGCUGGUAGAUGCUGGCGAGGUUGACAAGGCUUUGAGUAAUAUUGACACUCUCGAGCUUCUGAUCGCUGGUGAGCACGAUGAUUCGCCCGAGGCUGAACCCCCAGUACUACCACUGGCACGGAUGAGGGAUCUGAGGGCAGCGACAGCUCUGCAAAGUGUCAAUGACGACCUGCAACAGCUCCGGUCUCGAAUUGGAAAAGCCUACGAGACCAAGUUCCAGAGCUUGUUACUAGCUGAUUUACGGAGGCACGUUGAAUCGGUUCAAAGCCGGGAAGUCCUUCUUCGUUGGGGCAGCUCAUCACUGCGGGCAAGGGGGGGCGCCUCAAGAGAGUCUGCCGGCCCACCAGCCUAUCUUGCCUCUACACAAGAACUACGCAAAGCAAUCAUGCCCAAUCUUCAUGGUCUGCACAGAGCUCACCAUAUAUCCGCUGCAAUCGCUGCUUAUCGGGAGAUUGUUCUACGUGAGAUCAAAAAUCUCAUCAGGAGACCGCUACCUAGCUCCAACGACGAUGAUAACGAGUCAAUGAUGUCCGCCUCGACCAUGAGCGGCGGAAAACACCUAUCAAAUCAGGAAAAGUCGUCCAUUUUGUCAAGGAACCUGAGAGCACUGGACCCCAAAGAUGCAGAGGACUUGCUUAAUUCGAUCUACAUUGGCGUUACCGAAACCCUCCGGCGAUUGACUACCCAGGUCAAGGUUCUUCUCGACAUUGCAAGUUGCCUGACAGAGGAAGCCACAGCAGCUGGCCUGAAAUCGCCACCGAUCCGCUCCCCGCUCGCGAGUCCCACGCCUUUCGACCGUGAGUUUCCCCGAUUCGACGAAUCUCCGAGUUUCGAAGUCCAGGAAGAGAUUCACAAGGCAAUGGACAUUGCCAACUUGGUGGGACAGGCCGUCGAUGUUGCGCAGGAUAAGAUUGUCAGGGUGUUGAAAGUACGAUCGGAGCAGAGUACGCAUCUUAGCCUAUCUUGGUUCCUUCGCUACUUCACUCUCAACCUUUUCUUCGCCAACGAAUGUGAAGCGCUCUCAGGACGUAGUGGUACGGCACUCAAGACGUUGGUCAAUGGCCAUAUCAAGGAAUUUGUGCAGCAGCAUGGCGACGCAGAGAAGCAGAAGCUUGCCCAAGGCAUGGAAUCUGACCAAUGGAGCGCCAAAGAUUUCGAUGAAAAGAACAAAGCUCUACUUGAUCAGGUACUCGAAAGCAGUACCAAGGAUGCUGCGGUGUGGUCGGAAGGGACGAAGAUCUGGGAAGAGAAUCCGGAUGAUGUGUCGAAUGGAAGCGCAGCACCGCCUCCCGAGACGAACGGAACCAGUGGUAAAGAAAAGGCGCGCGUCGCGGAGAUUGAAAGCGAAACUUUCUUGCUCCCCAAUUCUGCCAUACUUGGUCUUGAAGGCAUCUCGCACUUCAUGCAUCUCAUCGGCAGUAUUCCGUCCAUGGCAACCGACGUCGCCAGUUCCCUCAUUGGCUAUCUGCAGCUCUUCAACUCCCGCUGUACCCAGCUCAUUCUCGGUGCAGGUGCUACUCGAUCUGCCGGUCUCAAAAACAUCACAACCAGGCAUUUAGCAUUGGCGUCCCAGGCUCUGUCGUUCAUCGCGACAUUGAUACCCCACAUUCGGGAGUUUGUGCGGCGGCAUGCAGGCUCUGGAGCCAGUGUUUCUAGUCUGAUGGGAGAAUUCGACAAGGUUAGGCGCCUAUUCCAAGAGCAUCAGAACAGUAUAUACGACAAGUUGGUCGAGAUCAUGAGCGGUCGCGCGGCACAGCAUUCGAAGUCCAUGAGAGCAAUUGACUGGGACCAUGACGGAAGCCAGUCGACCCAUCCGUACAUGGAGACGUUGGCCAAGGAAACCACGACCCUGCACCGUGUGUUGACCAAGCACCUACCCGAGACCUCGGUACAACUCAUCAUGAGACCUGUAUUCUCAAGCUACAAGGACCAGUUUGGUAGGGUUUUUGAGGUGGCAGAUCCGAAGACGGCCAUCGGCCGCGAUAGCAUGCUCCGUGACGUGGAUUUCUUCAUCACGAAGCUGGGCAAGCUCGACGGGUUCGGAGACGCGGGCGAGUACUUGAAGAGCUUCAUUAACGCCAAGGAAAUCAAGAGCGCCGUCGCGUCACCGCCGCCGGAGAAGCAGGCGGCGGCGGACGGAGGAUCGGAGACGACGGUCUCGGCUAGGAACUCGACUGCUGAGCCGGAGAGCCGGCAAAGUGCGGAUGACUCGGGCAAGACGGAGUCGCCGCCAUCAGGGGCUGGAGAGGAGGAGACUAAGCAGGCACCAUGA